AUGGCUGCUUCAUCUUCUUCAUCUUUGUCCUCACCCCACUGCUCCUUCCUCCUCUUCCUCUUGCUUGUCGUGGCUGCUCAGGUGGAUUCGAGACCCUCUCAGCGAAAAUCAGACACCCAGAUUCUCAAUGAUCUCUUUGGUGCCCGUAUCAGCUCUCUUCUGCUGGCCCAGGCGGAGGUCAACGAGGGGUCAGCUGAGAACCCCCCUUCUGUUUUGCGGGACGGGCGUGGUCUUCACAAAGAUGUGGGGCUCACACACAGGGAGGCACCUUCUCAUGGCGUGCCCCACCUCUUCCUGGACUUCAUGAGCCGCCAGAGGAAGUUCAGGGGCAGAACCAGGAAGAGCUCAGGAAGGGGCUGUUUUGGGCUGAAGAUGGAUCGCAUUGGAGUCUUGAGUGGAUUGGGUUGCUGA